AUGACACAGCCUGCUGGAAAGUCGCAGCAUUUCACUGACGAGGAGAAGGAGCAGCUUGCCAAGCUGCGCGAGCAGCUCCCCGACAUCAUCCACGAGGCGGAGAAGCAAUCCAAGGAGCCGGUCAGCUCCUCCCUCUGGGGCGUGUCCCUGCUGGACAAGGAUGGUGCGGAUGCCCGGUUCAAGGUUGACGAGCUCAUGGAGGAGGAGUUUCCCGAGUUCUUCAAGGAGGUCGGCUACACGUACAAGCGCGACAAGCUGGGCCGCCCGGUCACCUACAACGUCUAUGGCGGGCUCGACAACAAGAAGGUCCAUGACUACAACGGCGUCGGCCUGUUCAGCUUCGACAAGGACGCCCGGGCCGCAUCCAAGGCCACGAUCCAGGUCCUCUCCGACAACUACCCGGAGUCGCUGGCCGUCAAGAUCUUCUCGUACGUGCCGUCGUGGGGAGAGACCGUGUUCAACAUCGUCGGCCGCUGGCUGUCGGAGGAGACCAAGAAGAAGUUUGUUGUUGUGAGCAAGGCCAGUGCUGAGAAGACGCUGGCGGAGAUUAUCGGCAAGGAGAAUCUUCCAGAAAAAGGACGAUGCCCCAGAAGCCCACCUGAUGCGCCAGAGGCUGGCGUCAUCGAUGAGAAGGUCGAUCAGAUUGCCCAGCCCGCACCCACUGCUGCUCCUGAGGAGGAUGGCGUCACUGGCAACACCGAUGGGGCUCUGGCCAGCGAGACUGCCGGCAUGCGCAUUGACGACAAGGCUGAGGAGUCUACCAAGACCGAGGCGUCGUCUAAGACCGAGGAGCCAACCAAGAAUGAGGAUCUUGUGUCUACAGCAACAACAACGGCUACUACGUCCUAA